GGACUCGGCGGGAGGAUGGGCUUACUCUCAAUUUUGCGUAAAUUGAAAAGUGCACCAGACCAGGAGGUGAGAAUCCUUCUCCUGGGCUUGGAUAAUGCCGGCAAGACUACUCUUCUGAAGCAGCUUGCGUCUGAAGACAUCAGCCACAUCACACCUACACAGGGUUUUAACAUCAAAAGUGUACAAUCACAAGGUUUUAAACUGAAUGUCUGGGACAUUGGUGGACAGCGGAAAAUCAGACCAUACUGGAGGAAUUAUUUUGAAAAUACUGAUAUUCUCAUAUAUGUAAUUGACAGCGCAGACAGAAAAAGAUUUGAAGAGACGGGUCAGGAGCUAGCCGAAUUACUGGAGGAAGAAAAACUAAGUUGUGUGCCAGUGCUCAUCUUUGCUAAUAAGCAGGAUUUGCUCACAGCAGCCCCUGCUUCUGAAAUUGCAGAAGGACUGAACUUGCACACCAUACGUGACCGAGUCUGGCAGAUCCAGUCUUGCUCAGCUCUCACAGGAGAGGGCAUUCAGGAUGGCAUGAACUGGGUCUGCAAAAAUGUCAAUGCAAAGAAGAAAUAAAAUCUAGACAAAUGGAGACUGCGGGAGCUGCAGGAGCUGAAUUCCGUCCUGAAAAACACUAAUUUGCUUCUUUCUGACCAAAUGUUUUUCCAUCUGUGUACAGCUACAGCUGUUUGAAGAGAGGGAACAACACAGUUUUAAAAGAAUGUCCAUUCCAGCAGUAGAUUUAACUGAUCUCUGAGGUUCAGUAUCAUUUUUCAAAUAAAGGAAUUAUAUUAUUUCCUCUGCAUAA